CUCGUUUCGAUAGCUGACAUCAAAAUUCAGGUAACCUUGGAAUAAUAUUUCAAUAAAUAAAUAAAUAUUGCACAAAAAAAAAAGGAUAAUCAAAGGGAAAUGUGGAAAGCAGAAGUUUUGGUGGCCAAAAUGCAGCUGCUGGAUCACAUGUACAUUGAAAAACUAUACGCUUUGUUCCUCAAACCUUUCUUUAAAAAUCCCAUUGGCCAGUUGCUGAUAUCCUUUGGGCUGGGCUACUUUGUCACCACUAAAAUAUCGCAAAUAUAUACAACAUUUUUAGGGAAUUCCAGUGAAUUUCAAACAAAUGGUCUCAAGGAUAAGAAAGACAUUCAACUUCUGCCCACAGAAAGGGAGGUUCUUCUACUUACCAUCAAGCAACUGGCUGCCUUUAAUGGCAUGAACCCAGAUCAACCAGUUUAUACAGCAUUAAAUGGCAAUAUAUAUGAUCUAAGUCCUUGUCGGGAGAAGUUCUCCAAACAAGGUCUUUUCUCCCAUUUGGCAGGAUGUGAUGCCAAUGAAGUCCUACGUACAGCAUACUAUGCGAUGGGUGUCUGUGCAGAUGAUUUAAUAAAUCGCUGGGAACAGAGUCUUAUGGCUGAAUUCAAUAUAGUUGGUUAUCUGAUUGAUCAGGAUAUGGAGAGUAAUAGCGAGAGUGCGGAAAUGAGGGACAAGAGUAUCAUAAAUAACUCGAUUACUAAAGAUGACCUUGGCGAGCCAUUAAAAUAGAGUUCAUUAAACUGUAAUUACUUACCUUUAA